AUGCUUCACAAUUUCCACACUUUCUUCUUCUCCAUUUCACUUCUCACCAUCACAGUUUCUGGGUAUGGCUCGACGGGAACAAUCGCCGCAGCUUUCGGCGAAAACGGGUUUUUCUGCGCCAUUGACGCAAGUGGGAAGCAAGAAGUUAUCUGUUGGGACAGAGGAAACACUAACCGAUCGUUAAACCGGUCUCCGGGAGAAAUCUCUGGUUAUUCACCACCGAUGAGUUCUCUCUCCGGUGGUGAAGGUUUUCUCUGCGCCAUUACGUCGAACACUUCGCGUGCGUUCUGCUGGAACCUUGAAGAUCCUUCUAAAAACCUCGUGCCUCGAGCUUUUCAGUAUAAUUCUUACUCACAGAUUGCUUCUGGUAAUAACCAUGUCUGUGCUAUAAGUGGAUUGUACUAUUCAGGUCCUGAUUAUGGUCCUGUUCAUUGUUGGGAGUAUACAAAUUUCACAUCUGAUGUUCUUUGGAAUUCUUCUUUUCAUAGUCCUUAUAUAGAUAGUCUCAUGUUUCGUAAGAUUGUCUCUGGAGAUGGAUUCACUUGUGGUGUUACUAAAGAUGAAGUUUUGGUUUGUUGGGGACCAAAAUCAAACCGUUUAGGUAUCUCCAAAACCGAAGAAUUCGAGGUUUUGGCUUCUGGUAGGAACUCAGUUUGUGGUGUCAGUAGAGCUUCAGGUCAGCUUCAAUGCUUUGGAGAUGAAACAGAGUUUGGGGAAUUACCAAAUCGAGCUCGGUUUAUCGCUCUUUCGGCUGGUGCUAAUCAUUAUUGCGGUAUUCGAGAGGACGAUCACGGUGUUGAGUGUUGGGGAAGAAACCUGAAUUUAUCAUCUUCAGCUCCUAAUACUUCAGGUUUUGUGGCGAUUUCGUCUUCUGAUUCAACAACUUGUGGGGUUAGAGAACUUGAUUUGGUUCUUGAUUGCUGGAAAGUCCAUGAUUCUUCGAAACCAGAGUAUAGUCCUCCUUUGGAGCUAUGCAGCCCCGGGUUGUGUUCGCCUCGUGGUAAUUGCGGUGAUGGAUGGUUUGCUUUCAACGCAAGCAUCUUGAAAGAAUCUGAACUCACGAGCUUGUGUUCGUUUCAUAACCUCAACAUUUGCUUACGAUGCGGGAUUGAUUGUUUGGAUGGGUAUUUCCCUUCUAGCAUUUGUAAUCCAAACGCGGAUCGAGUCUGCACUCCUUGUUCACUAUGUCAGAACAGUUCUUGCUCUGAUAUCUGUAAGAUUCGGGUUCCCAAGUCGCGGCAGCACGAGCAGAAAGAGGUCCGGAGAUUGGUGAUCAUCAUUGGAUGCUCUGUUUUGGGUUUUUUGGUUAUGUUGAUCGGUUUGUCUUUCAUUCCGAGAAUGACGAAAGGUAGCAAAAGAGAUGAAGAAGAGAGAAUCAAAAUGACUUGUUGCUUUUGUUUCGAUAAGAAUUCCGUCGAAGCUGAUCCUGAUCCCGUCCCUCAGUCGGUUCUUCUCCCGACCGCUGUAUCUCUCGGGGAGACUAAAAUCUUCCGUCUCUCGGAACUGAAAGACGCGACUCACGGGUUCAAAGAAUUCAACGAGCUCGGAAGAGGUAGCUUCGGGUUUGUCUACAAAGCUGUUUUGUCUGAUGGGAUACAAGUCGCGGUCAAAAGAGCGAAUGCUGCAACGAUCAUUCACUCUAACAACCGAGGUUUCGAGUCCGAGCUAGAGAUUCUUUGCAAAAUCAGACACAACAAUAUUGUAAAUCUGUUAGGGUAUUGCUCGGAAAUGGGGGAAAGGCUUUUGGUUUAUGAGUACAUGCCGCACGGUACGCUCCAUGAUCAUCUCCAUGGAGAUCUUUCUCAAUUGGAUUGGAGCAUGAGAUUAAAAAUCAUGUUGCAGGCUGCAAGAGGACUUGAUUACUUACACAACGAAGUGGAUCCUCCGAUAAUUCAUAGAGAUGUGAAAACAUCAAACAUCUUGUUGGAUGGCGAAAUGUGCGCAAGAAUUGCGGAUUUCGGAUUGGUAAGCUCGAAUGAAAGGGAUUCAAGCAAGAGUGAUAGAGAAGGCGAUGUUUAUGACUUUGGUAUUGUUCUUCUUGAGAUACUAAGCGGGCGAAAAGCUAUCGAUAGAGAAUCUGAUCCUCCCGGGAUUGCGGAAUGGGCGGUUCCUUUGAUCAGAAAAGGAAAAGCAGCUGCGAUUAUCGAUAGGAACAUUGCAUUGCCAAGAAAUGUAGAGCCUUUGCUUAAAUUGGCUGAAUUAGCCGAGCUUGCGGUGAGGGAAAACCCGAACGAGAGACCUAAUAUCAGAAAUCUCCUGAGUUUUCUUGAUCUCAUCGUUAAGUCAGGACUCACCUUUUAA